AUAUAUAGACAAAAGUUUGUUUAACAAACCCUCUCUAUCGCAAUGUUAUAUCUGUGGUUUUGAGCUAGCCAGAUUGUAGUCCAAAAACCCGGAAAUAAAUUACUUAUGGUUGGUUCAGUCAUACAUAUGGGAAAACAAUCGGGUUUUGGGAUAAACCAUGGCGGAGUUAGUGCCUACAAAAACUAUACUAUUUUUCUCUAUGGCAUUGUAGAAAACGUAAUCGUGGACAAAGUUUUCACAUGAUACUGCCUUUGCAACUACACAAAUGUCCUGCAGUGCUUUACCUUGACACACCUGUGAAACAACCCACCCCUACUUAAGUUUCACUUUACGACCGAGUUUGACAAACACUAGGACAAGUUAACUUAUUUACACUAUUAAAACAUCAUAUUUGAAUCUCAUGGAACAGCAGGAGCCUAGACAUCAGAUAUGUGUUGCGGGGAUGUUCUGAAACUUAGCCUGGGCAUUGGUGCUGCAGCUGUUCUAUUCCCUCUACUCGUAUGGGGUGGUUAUGCCCUCUUUCCCUUUGAUGCCCCGCCACUGGACAGCGCCCCUCUCAGGCUGGUGUACACACUACGCUGCUCCUUCUUUGCUGUCAUACCCAUCAUUCUAGGUGUGCUGGUGCAGGGGGUGGCGCGGCUGCACUACGGCGCCGUAAUGCCCCUCUACGAGGGCAAGGUGGGGGAGGAGAGCCGGGAGAUGGCGGUGCACCGGCACUAUGUGGUUGACUCGCUCUCCAUCUUCCUGCUCUACUUCCUGCAACUGGCCAUUAUGGCCACCUACAUUAGCCAGGACCUGCUCAAGAUUGUGCCCCUGCUCACCAUCGUCUUUGCCUUCGGCAGGCUGAUCUACUGGGUGUGUGUGUCCCUAGGCAGCAGUGUGAGGGGGUUGGGCUUCGGCCUCUCCUUCCUGCCCAUACUGGUCAUGCUGGGUGCCAACCUCUACUUUGUGUGCUCGUCACUCAGUGAAGGGGCUGUCUUUGAUGUGGCCCCUCCCACCACCGCCCCACCUCCCCGGCAGAGUUGGUGGGGCUAAGGAGGAAGAGUAGAUAUCCUGAAGCCUAGAUGGACCCCCAGUCCCUAGACACUUGUGUAGAUCUGAAAGAUGUAAGGAUAAAUGACAUGGGAAUAUGUCCACUUUGCUUUCUGAUAGACCAGGGCCAUGCUCAGUAGGCAAACAUUGUGCAACCUUGCAGAUAGAAAUGUAUUCCUUACUCUAUUAUGUCAGAGAUGCAAGUGUGUUCACAAUAUAACACACAUUCCCCAAUGUUUUGCCCUACUGAGGUUUGUUUGAAAUGUUGUUGGUACCCAUUCAGCUCUACACAACUGUCAUGGUGUUGAUUUGGAAGGAGUAAGGGGGGAAGAAUCAAUCAAGUUCAUCAGCUUGGAUUUCAUCUGAAACAUUGGAUUGCAUUUGCAGUGGUUGAUGGUGAAAUACAAUGACUUGAGGCUAGCAACCCCAUAGAAGUUGCUUGUAAUUGCAGGAUUGUGUGCCAUACGCCCUAUGGGACUCCCAAUCACGGGGUCUUCAAGUUAUUGAAAUUUAUGAAGACUUGAGUGCAACUUUGCUGAAGUAUAAACGUAGUGCAGAGUUGACUUUUAAGAAGAAAAAAAAAUGCGGUGUCAAACAGGCUGGAAGCCCGUAACAACGAGGGAGACAAGGAAUAACAAAAUACAAUAGUGUGAGUGGUUGCAUGCAUAGAUAUGACAAUGAGGGGUGUUGAAUGGUGCCAAAGCAAACAAACAAAAUGGCCACAACCAAAAUCAGUGUCUGCAUGGAGAGGCUCAAUGGGGAAGAUGUGUAUUUAUCCUGGGCCCAGGUGUGUCCCAUUUCGCUGACAACCCUCCCGUGUCUCCCACCGACAUCCUAAUAAGGAAAACGAGAAAGAAUACAGCAGACAGUGGGGUUGUCACAGCAGCUAUAAUUGUUUCAACUACAAUGAUUACAUUUCAUUUCCAAAUUUGUUACAGCAUUUAAUACUCCCAAUGGAUGGGAAUGAAGUAUAAUUUAAUGCCUACACGCAAUGUGCCUUAUGUCUGUACAGUACCAUAAAAGCAAUGAACAAAUCAGUACAUUGUUUGUAAAAUUACAGCCAGCUGAUAUAAUUGUUGUAUUCCUUUUGGACAUUGUCGUUCAAUAUGGUUGGCACUGUCUUAAUGGAAUGAUAUUUCUCAUAAAGCACCUAGUAUUCCCGAGUUGUGUCAUGACAUCAUGAAGCCAAGGGAUGAGAUGGGGAUUGACAGCCAGCUCAAAAGAAGACAAGAUCACUUUUUCACUCAAUUUGUCUAUUUAAUAUAUAAAAUACGGUAAAACAUACGCAAAAAGGAUAAGGUUAAGGGACUUGGAUACUUUGGUACAACAAACACUUUUGUAAAAGCGGUAUAGAAUUUUAAUAACAUCAGUGCAUACAUUGUAUAUGAAAAUAUACACAAAAUGUAUAUCGUUCUCAAAAAACAAAAAUAACCUUUACAACGAAAACCCAAAGCAGACUAACCGAGCACAAUAUAUUAGCUAUCAUUUGUUUUUCUUAUGCUACAUUUUUCAUGAGGUUCUCUUACUCAUUUGUGAUGCAUUGUGAUUUCUUUUUUAAUGCAUGUAACAUUUGUUUUGUAUAAUCCCACGCAUUUACAUUUUCGAAUUGGGUUAAUUGCUCAUUUCAGUUUCACCCCCCCCCCACAUAAAUAAAUGUUCAUAUCUUAAUCAAUAUUGCAGCAUUUAACUGGUAUUUUCCUUCAUUGCAUUUGCUAUGUCACAAUAACUGAUCGUGCAAUUCUAGCAAGUUUCAAGAAAGGAAGCCAGUUACACAUAUCAUGUAUAUAAGGUCGAUUAAAUAAAAGGUUGAAUAUCCUACACAAAAUACCAGAAAAAUAUAAGCUCCAUAAUAAUAGAAUAUUAAUAAAAGACAAUGGAGCUGUCACCAGCACAAAUAAACACUUGAAAAAUAGUAAGAUCUAGAAAACGUUUCACACAAGAAAAAAAAAGGGUGCAGGUUUUUCAUUUAACAUUAUAGAUUGUCUUCAGACUACAUUGCUAGAUUGGACAGAAAACCUUUUGUACAUGAGUGGCCUGCAAGUGUCAGGGUGUUAAAACCAAAUCAGUGUGGUGUCAAAUGUCUCAAACCAGAGGGACCGCUCCCUCAGACUGAGGUGGGCGUGACUACACAAAAGUUCAGAUAGAAAUGUAGAGUGUAGAA